UUACAUUGCAUUGGCCGUACCAACGCCAUUUUUUACAUCGGACUCUCGGACUUUUUUGCGGUUGUGCGGAGCACCGGACUCUUACACUAACAUUUACAAGUGCCGUCAAUCGUGGACAGUGUUACAAAAUUACCAAAGACUUUAUCUGGUCUUGCGGAGUGUUUGCUGCAAGUGCACUGCUAUAAGUGUUUUCACCGGACUUUGGACUUUACAUUACAUUACAAGUUGGUUGCUGCUAUAAGCAAUCGACGCCAGAUUGCCCUUGUUGCUUCUGGGAAUCAUCGGGUCUCGCGGCUAUAGUAUUUUCUGCGAGUGCACUUCUAUAAGUGUGUCACCGAGGUUUGGACUUUACAUACAAGUGGAUUGCUGCUAUAAGCAAUCGUUUCCAAAUUGCCCUUGUUGCGGCAUCUUUACAUCGUUUUAUGAUACAGUUUAAGAGUGAGAGACUAUACAUUCGAGCUGCAUUCAUAGUUUUACAAACAUUUACAUGUGCUAAAUUUCAUGGUUCACCAAUACACGUAGCCAUUUCCAUCGAGUACGGUUGGCCAACAUAGCUUCAAGAAUUCUACGUCGAGGUUCCUGAUUGGUGGAAAACGAGUCAAAUUGACCGUUUCCGCUACUGCGAGAGGAGGAUAGCUGAUCCAAUCCGUAGAGGGUUAGAAAGGGACGGCAUAUCGUCGGGAGCGCUCGUCACAGGUCGGCCAACUUCGAAAAAAGCAGCGACGCGAGCGCCAUCCGCGGUCGGGUGACUGCAACUCGUCGAGUCGGCAAUACUCGGAAGCGCUCGUCACAGGCGGGCCAACCUCGAGAAAAGUAGCGACGCGCGCGCCACCCGCGGUCGGGAGACUGCAACUCGUCGCAUCGGCAAUACUCGGGAACGUUCGUCACAGGCUAGCCAACCUCAGCGGUCAAAAAAGGCGACGCGCGCGCCACCUGCGGGGACCGCGGACCAAGCUUCGAUUGAUUCGAAUUCGACGUUCGACGCCAUUUUAUCUCUUUGAAAAUUUCUUUGUUGUUUGUGUAUUUAGUAUUUUUCAAAAAUAUAAUAUUAAUCUAUAUUAAUAUAACUAAAUACAAGUGUAAAAAGUUAUAGAAUCUCCAAAAUGGAGGAAGAUUUAAAGAAAUUGAAGGCUGCCAGGGGGCAAGCCAAAUGUAGUAUCACGAAUAUUUGUAAUUUCACAAACGUGAUUAAAAACUUAGAAGAAUGUACGUAUUCUCAGCUAUUAGUAAAAAAAGAUAGGCUUGUUGAGGUAUUUCAGAAGUACUGUGAUUAUACAAUAGAUAUUUCUGUGUUGGAUAUUUCAGAUAAGGAGGAGUUUUUAGAAUAUGAGGAGAAGUAUUUUUGUGCUUUGUCUGCCUUGACUGAGUACCUCACCAUGAAACAAGGUUACUCUGCUUCGUCAUCAGGAAAUGCUUCCACCAGCUUAACUAACAACAAUCACACAUUCCAACGCUUGCCACCUAUCGAUAUAAAAAAGUUUAGUGGAAAGGUAUGUGAAUACUAUGAUUUUAUUAAUCUUUUCACCAGUGUAAUUGCCAAUAACUCAAGCUUAUCGUCCUGUGACAAGUUUUAUUACUUAAAAACAUCAUUAGAGGGCGAGGCUGCUGAUGUAAUCAAGCAUUUAGGCCUAACUUCUGAAAAUUACACAGUAGCAUUACAACUUUUGGCUGAGAGAUAUGAUAACAAAAUGAAAAUAAUUAACCACCACAUAUCUGCUUUAUUAGACAUAGAAUGCCUAACAAAAUGUACUGCACCUGCCUUAAGAAACAUUGUUGCACAAGCUAAACAGCAUCUAGCUGCUUUAAAAACGUUGGAGGUACCAACUGAUCAGUGGGAUCUCAUCAUCAUUUGUAUUUUACAAAGAAAGUUGGACCAACAAACGUUGCGGUAUUAUUAUUUAGAACUUAAAGACGGCUUACAUAAUUUGCAAUCUUUUCUCAAAUUUAUAGAACAACGAGCUGCUGCGUAUGAGACUGUGGCAGAUGGCUAUAGUUCCAGCUUAAAAAGAGGUCAUGCAGUGAGUGGGAGCCGCACCGCAAGUCUGGUAACAACCUCCACCCAAAAUAGCAACAACAACAAUGACAACUGUAAGUUUUGCAAUUCAAAAUAUCACUUGCUUCACCAGUGUGAGAAGUUUAAGCUAUCUAACUACUCAGAUAGAAUCAACUUUAUUGAAUCCAAUAAGUUGUGUAAAUUAUGUUUAAGGUUACAUAGCCAAAAGUGUAGGUAUGCAUUUAGGUGUAAUAUUUGUAAAGAACGGCAUAAUUCUUUACUGCACCAGGAGAAAAAACCAAAGCAGGUGGCAUUGUCUAUGAACAUGGGUAAUAAUAUUUUAUUGCCUACAUUAAAUGUGGGGUUACAUGAUAAAAGUGGGAAUGUAAUUUACACUAAGGCAUUAUGUGACUCGGGGAGUCAAGUUUCAUUAGUGUUACAUGAUUUAAUUAAAUCAAUUGAUUGCAAUAUUUACAAUGAACAGAGUGUCAUUACUGGCAUUGGUAAUGAGACAAAUAAUAUUUCACAAAAGGCUGAAUUUACAAUUCAUUCAACCACAAACCAAGAGGCACUUACAUUAUCAUGCUGUGUAGUGGAGAAUAUUACGUGCAACAUGCCUCAAUUUUCAAUAGAUGCAAAAGAAUUAAAUAUUCCUGAUCAUGUACAGUUAGGAGAUAAAAACUUUUACAAAAAGGAGAAGAUAGGUAUCCUGUUAGGGUGCGAUAUUUUCUUUCAAUUGCUCUUGCGGGAUCAAAUCCCAAUUGUACCUGGUGGUCUUUGUUUGUAUAAAACUUUGUUUGGGUAUGUUGUGGCUGGUAAGGUCCCUAGACAGGGUAAUACUAUACAGAGUGAUGAAAAUAGUUCAAGCAGUCAUCUUUUGAACGUUGAGUCAGAGUCGCAACAUAACUUAGAAUUAUUAAAUGAGUUAAAUACAAAUAUAAGUCAACUCUGGGAGUGUGAAAAAAUUACUGAAACAUUCACAGAGGCUAACACAGAACAAGAACUUGCUGAAAAAAUUUAUAAAGAAACAGUAGAAUUAAAAGAAGGCAGGUUUCAUGUUUCAUUAACUUUGAAGCAAGAUUACGAUAAAAUAAAGUUAGGAGAUUCAUUGACAAGAGCUUUACAAAGAUUUCACAAUUUAGAAAAAAGAUUUGCAAAGGACAGGGACCUAUUUUUAAAAUAUAAAGCAUUCAUUGAUGAAUAUGUAUCUUUAGGUCAUGCACAGUAUAUUGAAAUUGAAAAAUAUAAUAUAGACGAUGUUCCAUUUUAUAUUUUACCACAUCAUCCUGUAUUCAAUGACAAAAGUAAGACAACAAAGAUGAGGGUAGUUUUCGAUGGGGGGAUGCGUACAAAUGAGAAUGUGUCAUUAAAUGACAUAUUGUUAAAUGGACCCACGGUUCAAAAUGAAUUAUUUAACAUUCUAACUUUGUUUAGAUUUCACAAAUAUAUUCUUAUAUCUGAUAUAAAAAUGAUGUUUAGAAAUCUUAUGUUAGACGAAAACCACUGCUCAUUGCAGAACAUUUUAUGGCGUGAGACGCCUGAAGAGAACAUAAAGGUCAUUCAACUUAAAACUGUGACGUAUGGGCUUAAAUGUUCAAGCUUCCUAGCAACGCGAUCUCUGAUAGAGCUAGCUGAUAUGUAUGAGGAGGACUAUCCCCUAGGAGCUUUUGCAUUGAAGCAUAAUGCAUAUGUUGAUGAUAUUAAUACAGGGUGUAAUGACAUUGAAGAGCUCAAAGAAACAAAAAGGCAGUUAUGUGAACUGUUACAAAAGGGAGGGUUUGAGUUACACAAGUGGUGCUCAAACUGUCCAGAACUUCUCAGGGACAUACCACUCGAUAAACAAAGUAUAAAUGAGGUCGAUUUAUUUAAAUCUGAACAUGUUUUGAUCAAAACUUUAGGUCUUACAUAUGAUGUCAGUACAGACACUUUACGAAUUAACUGUCCUGAGCAAAAUUUAUUAGAUAUCUACACAAAACGACAGGUAUUGAGCUUCAUGAGUAAAGUUUUCGAUCCGCUAGGUCUAGUAGGGCCAGUUGUAGUGUUAGCAAAAAUUAUUAUGCAGAGAACUUGGGCUUGUAAAAUUCAGUGGGAUCAGCCUAUCCCCCAAGAACUAAACAGUGUUUUUAUAAAUUUUGCAAAAAAUUUAUUUAAAAUGAAUGUUAGCGUUCCUAGGUGCAUAAAUACAGUAUCUGUUAAACAGAUAGAUCUUGUAGGAUUCUCCGAUGCAUCCAGCAAGGCACAUGGUUGCUGCUUGUACAUAAGGGUCAUUGACUCUGAAGGAAAUAUAAGUGUAACUUUAUUGUGCUCCAAAUCUAGAAUAAAUCCAUUAAAACAGCUUAGUAUUCCUAGGCUUGAAUUAAACAGCGCGUUGUUAUUAGCGCAUCUUGUAAAAAAGGUUUACGAUGAAAUAAACAAAUUAAAUAUUAAUCCCUGUGUGUAUCUACAUUCUGAUUCACAGAUAACGUUGGCUUGGCUUAAAACCGAGCCCCAACAGCUGACAGUUUAUGUUUCAAAUAGGGUAAAGACUAUACAAGAAGAAACUCAGGGUUUCUCGUGGUUUUAUGUAAACAGUCAUGAAAACCCAGCAGACGCCUUAUCGAGAGGAGUUGAACCUCAUUUAUUAGAGACAAAUGAGCUGUGGUGGCGAGGACCUGGCUUUUUAUAUUGUAAAGAAUUCCCCAACAAUAGGGACAAUUUCACGAUGCCAACUGAUAUACCUGAAACAAAGGUUUGUUUGGCGGUAGAUAAAGCUGAAAAACAAGAAAAACUUGAAGUGUUUUCUAAGUUUUCAAGCUUAAACAAAUUAAUACGUGUGAUGGGAUAUGUUUAUAGAUUCAUUAACAUAUGUAGAAAAAAGGCUAAAAGAAAUGCAGGUCGUUUAUCUUGUCAAGAAGUAGAUGCUUCAUUAAAAAUGAUCAUUAAGUAUGAUCAACAACAGCAUUUCAAAGAGGAAAUCGCAGGUUUAUCUUUAGGGAAAGAAAUUGCAGCACAUUUAAAGGCAUUAAAUCCGUUUGUUGACGGCAUGGGUCUUAUGCGAGUAGGUGGAAGGUUACAACAUGCUGACCUACCUUACUAUCAAAAACACCCAAUCAUAUUAGCCAAAAAAUCUAAUAUAACCCAUCUAAUUAUUGAAAAUGAGCAUAAAACUUUGAUGCAUGCAGGUCAAAAAUUGAUGUACGCUUCCUUGAGCCAAAGAUACCAUAUAGUAAACGGCUUAAGGGAAAUUAAGCAUGUAGUACACAAAUGUCUCAUUACAGGUGCCACCUUGAGCACUGUUCCUGAACCUAAUAUCAGUAACAUACCAAUCAACCGUUUAAAAUUUUGGAAACAGUGCAGUCACAUGACUCAAUGUUUCUGGAAAUCAUGGUCUAGAGAGUACCUCAUGCAACUUCAGAGUAGGCCUAAAUGGCGUAAGCCACUACCUAACAUAUCAAAGGGUAUGUUGGUCAUCUUACGAAUUGAUAAUGCCCCUCCUUUGGUUUGGCCUAUGGCUCGUGUGGUGGAGACAUUCCCUGGUGCAGAUGGGAAGGUAAGGGCCUUAACUGUCAUCACACCAAAAGGCACAGUAAUGCGUACUAGUAUAGGUAAGGUUUGUCUUUUGCCUAUAGAAGACAAUCAGAAUCAAAUCUGAGGACAUAAGGUUGCUAUCUGGUU